AUGGAGAUGCGCCGUUCUUCGCAUCAUAUUUUGUCACCUGAGUCCACGGAAUCUACCGUUGUGGGUCCUAGUAACGGUCGAGCCGACGAUAGCACUCGUGAUAUCUUCGCUUCAUUCACAACUGACCCAAAUCUCAGUAAUAUUGUGGAAGAAAUUCACGACAUUGCUUCGAGGAAGAAAAAACAGUCCGGAUAUAGUGGUACUAAAACUGCAAGGGGAAAGAGACAGAACACCAAGUAUAAACCAAAGACAGCUGACAGAAGCUUAGUUUUGAGAGCACGUGGGAAUGUUCGAAGAAGUCAAGCUUCGGUUACGCGAAGAACACCAGGGCAUAAGAGGAAGAGGGGAAAGCGUCUGCACAUCACAUCUCAAAAGAGGAUUCGGAACUCUUCGGUGGGUUUGAUUCUACCGUCCACGAGUAACCAUUCUGGGCGCAUGGCACGACGUAGCAAUCUAAAACUACCCACUCCAAAGCUUUCGAUACUGGGAAAUGAGUUGGAUUGCGGACCGGGGCCGUGCUCCUCCAAUGGCAAUAGUAUCAGCAAUUCUGCCUCUUCUGUGGGGCUUUUGAGCCGUCUUGAGGCCGCCCAAUCCUCCCUAUUUCAAUUUCGCAUUUCAAAUAUGCACGUGAAUCCGGAUAACUCUAUCUCCCCGACUGAAAUUGCGCCUUUACCCCAGUCCAAGCACUCAAAGACUGCGUCGGGGCUAAUCUCUGAGCAGGCUCCACCUCAGCUCUGCCUGACUACGAAUAUUGAUGAACCACAGACUAUUCCGUCUUCGGGGCUGCCAGUCUCGAACCCUGGUAAAUCGCUGACUCCGUCGGAGGAGGUAUCAGCCAAACCCUCCACCUCUAAUACUUCUCUCCAUUCCACGUGGACCUCGGAAGCAGCUCUACGUGUCCGCGCUUUACUGGUUACACACCUACUUCGGACUCAUCCCUCACUGACUGAUAAGACUACGAAGAUGCGUCUCAUACAGAGGACUCUAUCUAAGAUUCUCUCGAAAAAGCCGAAUCGUGUGACUGAGGAGAAGAUGAAGAAAUUAGUCGACGACUACGUGGAAUUUUAUCGUCGCAAUCCCUUGUAG